AUGAAUAGUCUUGAGGAACUGAAAGAGCAGGAAAGGAUUUUGCUUUUAAACAUAUUACAAAAUUUUGAAGGAAAGAAAUGCCUUUUUUUUGAAAAAUCUCUACAUGUUAUGCUGAAUGUUAUAUUAAACGAUGAUGAUAUAAAUAAAGAACAAAUAGAAAAUAUAUUUUUCAUACAUAAAAUAAACGAUUUAAAUGUUAAUGAAGUUAAUAAUAUAUCUAAUAUAUUAUUUUUUUUACGUCCUUAUUUUUAUGAAAUUAAAAAUAUUUUUGAAAUAAUUGAUAAAAUAGAAAAAAGCAAAUCCAUUAAAAAAAAAAAUAAUUAUGUAUUUAUAUUUGUUCCUUAUAUGAGUUAUCUAUGUAAACAAGAAAUAUUAAAACAUAAUGUUUUAGAUAUUCCUCUAAAAAUUAUUCUUUUCCCUCUUUAUUUUUUCCCCUUAUAUAAUGAUGUAUAUAGCUUAGAAAUAAAAAAUAUAUUCAAAGAAUAUUAUGUAGACAAUGAUUUUAGUAAUCUCAUUUUUUGUUCCUUUAGCUUAAUGUUUCUUCAGUCACUUUUUAAUGGAGUUUUUAAAAAUAUCAAAUCCAUAGGAAACCUAUCACAAUUUAUUUCUGAACAAUUAAUACAAUUAAGAAAAGAAAUUGUAGCUAGUAAUUUUAAUAUACAAUCUCCAAAUAAUUUUCAAGACGAUUUUUAUGAUAUCCUAACCAAUAUACAAAAUUUUCAAGACCUCAAAAAUUUUAAAAACCACAACAACACCACAGUGGUCCCUCUUAAAUAUGCGCUUCAUAAAAUAUUUAUAGGAGAAAAAAAAAAUAAAAUAAAAAAAAAAAAUAAAAAAAAAAAAAAAAGGAAUAAGCUAAGGUUAUCUAUGAGCGAUGGGGGAGACGAAUAUUUUAAGAGUUUAAGUAAGGAGCAGGAACAGAGUGGAGAUGAUGAAGAUGAUGGAGAUGAAGAUGAAGAUGAAGAUGACGAUGAUGGAGAUGAAGAUGAUGAAGAUGAUGAAGAUGAUGGAGAUGACGAUGAUGAAGAUGAUGAAGAUGAUGGAGAUGACGAUGAUGAAUAUGACGAUGAUGACGAUGACAAUGACGAUGAAAAUGACGAUGACAAUGACGAUGAUAAUGACGAUGAUAAUGACGAUGACAAUGACGAUAACAAUGACGAUGACAAUGACGAUGACAAUGACGUUUACAAUGACGAUGAUGAUAACCAUGACAGUGUGAAUAAACCUUCUAGUCCAAAAGAAAGAAGAACAAAAAAAAUAGACAAUGAAAACCUUAUUAAUUUUUCAAAUGAGGAUGCAUCCAAUCCAUAUUUUAAAUCACCCAAGAAAAAAACGAGCUCUUCUCAAAAUAAUGAUUCUGAUAAAAAUGAAGAAGAAGAAAAAAAAGAUCACGACCAAAAAGAAAAACAUAAUAUAUUAGAAGAACAUAUAAGUAGAGAGGAAAAAUUAAAUGACGAUUCUAAAAUAAAUAAUGUUUUAAUACAUAAUGAUAAUAAAAACAUAAUUAAUAAUUAUAUGGAUAAUUAUUCACAAAAAGAUUCAUCAAAUGAUGAUAAAAAUAAUUUCAUUGUAAAAAGAGAAGAUUCAUACUUUACUAUUAAUAAUAAUAAUAAAAUAAAAAAGAAUGAAAAGGAUAGUAUUAUAGAUGAAGAAAUAAAACAUGAGGAGUUACAAAAAUGUGAAGAGAAAGAAGGGAAAAAUUAUCAAGAUGAAUAUAAAAAUGAAUAUAUCCAAAAAAAUAAAAUUAAAAAAAAAAAAAAAAAUAGUUUAUCCAUUAAUAAUUUAUAUUUAAAUGAUGAAAAGGAAUAUAGUGAGUUAUUAUGUGAUAUAAAUUAUAUAUCUGAAAAUAAUGAACAACAAAAUAAAAGCAACAACAAAAACAAAAAUAAAAGUAACAAUAAUAAUAAUUAUAAUAAUAAUAAUAAUAAUAACGGUGUGGCCAUAUCCAAUAAGAGAAAAAAGAAAAAGAAAAAAAUUCAGAAUUUUAGUGAGAAUAAUAAUAUUGACCAUAAUUUUAUGAUCCAUUGUGAUAAUACAAAAUAUUUAAUGAAAAAAAAAGAUAGAGAUAAUUUAGAAAAAAAAAAUAAAAAAGAAAAAAAUUAUUUAUUAGAAAAGAUUGGAAUAUCUAAUUUUAAUUUUUUAUUAAAUGUUUGUGAUGAUAUAGAAUCGUGUAUUAUUAUUGAUAGACGUGUAGAUAUGAUAACACUAUUUUGUACUCCUUUUACAUAUGAAGGAUUAAUAGAUCAUUUUUUUGGCAUUGAGAAUUUACAAAUAGAAAUACCUAGAUAUAUUAUAUUUAAUGAAGAAAAUAAAGAAAAAAGACCAUAUAAUAAUAAUAAUAUGAUUAAUAAUAAUAAAUUUGAUAACUCAUAUGGUGAUGGUAAUGGAAUAAACAAAAUGAUGAAGGUAAGAGUAAAAUUAAAAAGUUCAGUAGAUGUAUUAUAUAAUGAUAUAAAAGAUCUUAGUCAAAAUGAAAUAGGAAGCUUUUUACAUAAAAAAGCUAGUGAUAUACAAAAAACAUAUAAAGAAAAAGAUACUUUAAAAGAUAUUGAAGAAAUUAAUCAAUAUAUGAGGAUAUUUAAAGAAAAACAUUAUGAACAUAACUCUUUAUCAACACAUGUUAAUAUAGCAUCUUUUAUUUUAAAUAAUAUAAAAAAAGAAUAUAAUUUUAAUAAAUUAAAAUUAGAAGAUGAAAUUAUACAACUAGAUACAAAUACAAAUAAAAAUAUAAUAUUAUCUAUUGUUAAACAUAUACAACUAUUAAUUUAUAGUAAUGAAGAUAUUUAUGAAGUAUAUAGAUUAUUAUGUUUAUUCUCAAUUCUUACUAAUGGUAUUAAUCAAAAUUAUAUUAAUGAAUUAAAAAAAGAUAUUAUAGAACAAUAUGGAAUAAAAGAAUUAACUAGAUUAAAUAAACUAUAUACAUGUAAUAUAUUAAAAUUUAAUAAUAAACAAAAAUUCUUAUGGUGUCAAUUAAAAAAUAAUUUUCAAUUAUUAUCAAAUGAUGAAAAUGAUAUAUCCUAUGUAUGUAAUGGAUAUGCACCAUUAUCUGUUCGUUUAAUAGAAUAUAUCGGAGCAUUAAAAAAUAAUUUACAAGUCUUCCCAGAAAUAUUUAAUCUACUUAAUGGACCAACUUUAGAUAUCAUACAAAAUCCUAUAGGAUAUGAACCCAUACCAAUACAAAACAAAAAUAAAAAUAAUCAAAUUAAUCUAAAUAACAAAAAAAAAAAUGUUCUUCUCUUUUAUAUAGGAGGUAUAUCAUAUGCAGAAAUAGCAUCCAUAAGAGCAUUAAAUAAAAAAAACCAAAAUUAUAAUUACUUAAUUUUUACAACAGAAAUUGUGAGCUCAAAGAAAUUCUUACAAUCAAUGGAGUAA